AUGUGGCCGGAGAGCCCGCUUCUCCGGGACGCCGGCGCUGCCGUGCUCACCGGAUGCGUCGCCAUGGCGGUGCUCCGCUUCUGGGAGGAGGUCGGCAACCGCGCCCUCUUGGACCAAAAACUCUGCAGGAAGCUGGUGCACGUCAGUGUUGGGCUGGUAUAUUUCCUUAUGUGGCCUUUGUUCAGUGCAGAUGAUGUCUAUGCUCCAUUUCUCGCUUCAAUUGUCAUUGCGCUCAAUAUCAUAAAGGUAACCUUGAUUGGAUCUGGUGUAGUUAAAGAUGACGGCGUGGUUAACUCGAUGACAAGAAAUGGAGACUACAGGUAG